AUGGGGGAGGCAGAGCUUGCUAGUCCACGGGCAGGGGCAACGAGCGGCAGCCUCGUGCCAAGGGCGCCCGUUCUCGCUAUUAGCGGACAGCCGAGGAAAGCCGCCGCGGGCCGGACCAACGGCAGGGACGCGCGCCGUGAUUGGCCAAUCCGUCCCAGCCGGCUACCACUCGCCCACGGGCGGCUCCAGAGCUACAUCGGCCACCAGAGGUCCCCUGUAAGGUCCGUCAUCAUCGCCUACAAUUGCUUGGUCAUCGUCCGCCGUGCCGCUAUCCCCAGCUGCCAUCGUGCGCUACAUUUAGCGUACCUCCGCCGACCUCCGCCGAUGCCGCCACCCUCGCCAUCCAUCUUUCCGUCCACAUCCUCGACACUCGCGACGAUGCAGAGAAUAGCACAGCGAGCCUCGAGGCGUCUCGGCAGCCGGACGAGCCUCCGCCCCUCCUCCCUCGGUCCGCUGCCGCCCUCUCGCGCCCUCUCGUCGACGUCGAGCAUGUCUAGCAGCCCCUACUCCCACAGCAUACCUCCAGCCGACGCCUUCCAGCUCCUGCCCGAGUCGCAGAAGGCGGGCGAGGCCGAGGAUGCCCUCUACGAGGCGCAGAUAAAGGAGGUCGAGGCUUGGUGGCUGUCGCCACGAUACGCCAACAUCAAGAGACCCUACUCGGCCGCCGACGUCGUCUCCAAGCGCGGGUCCCAGCAGACGUCGUACCCCAGCAGCGUCAUGGCGACGAAGCUGUUCAACCUCCUGCGCGAGCGCGAGUCCAAGGGCCAGCCGGUGCACACGAUGGGCGCCAUCGACCCCGUCCAGAUGACGCAGCAGGCCCCCCAUCAGGAGGUGCUCUACAUCUCGGGCUGGGCCUGCUCGUCGCUCCUCACGUCAACCAACGAAGUGUCGCCCGACUUCGGCGACUACCCCUACAACACGGUCCCGAACCAGGUUCAGCGGCUCAGCAAGGCACAGUCGAUGCACGACCGCAAGCAGUGGGAUGCGCGUCGCAAGAUGACGGCCGAGGAGCGGGUGAAGACGGCGUACGUCGACUACCUGCGCCCCAUCAUCGCCGACGGAGACACGGGCCACGGCGGCCUCUCGGCCGUGCUCAAGCUCGCCAAGUUGUUUGCCGAGAACGGCGCGGCGGCGGUCCACUUCGAGGACCAGCUGCACGGCGGCAAGAAGUGCGGCCACCUCGCCGGCAAGGUGCUCGUGCCGACGGGGGAGCACAUCAACCGCCUCAACGCCGCGCGCUUCCAGUGGGACGUCAUGGGCUGCGAGAACCUCGUCAUCGCCCGGACCGACUCCGAGUCGGGCAGGCUGCUGUCGUCGGCCAUCGACGUGCGCGACCACGAGUUCAUCCUCGGCGUCGCCGACGCCUCCGUCGAACCCCUCGCCGAGACGUUGCAGGCCAUGGAGGCCAAGGGCGCGUCCGGGGCCGAGAUCGACGCCUUCGAGGCCGACUGGGUCAGGUCGGCGAAGCUCGUCACCUUUGACGAGGCCGCCGUCGCGCACAUGCGGGCCGAGGGCGUGCCGGCCGACAAGAUCGACGAGUACCUCGGCGCGACGGCGGCCGACGGCGACAUGGGCAUCACGCGCCGUCGGGCCCUCGCCGGCCACUACGCCAAGACGGCCGUCUACUUCAGCUGGGACGUGCCGCGGACGCGCGAGGGUUACUACCACUUCAAGGCGGGCAUGCCCGCGGCGACGAAGCGCGCCCUCGCCUUCGCGCCCUACGCCGACCUGCUCUGGGUCGAGACGGGCGACCCCAACGUCGCCGUGGCGACCAAGCUCGGACGCGCCGUCCGUGACGUGCACCCGGGCAAGGGGCUCGUCUACAACCUCUCGCCGUCCUUUAACUGGAUGGCCCACGGCUUCACGCCCGAGACGCUGCGCAGCUUCAUCUGGGACAUUGCCCGCGAGGGCUUCGUCCUCCAGCUCGUGUCGCUCGCCGGCCUGCACUCGACGGCCGCCAUCUCGAACGAGCUGGCCAAGUCCUUCAAGACGAACGGCAUGAAGGCCUACGUCGAGCUCGUGCAGCGGCGCGAGAAGGAGCUGGGCUGCGACGUGCUGACGCACCAGAAGUGGAGCGGGGCGAGCUACAUCGACGGCAUCCUGGGUGCCAUCCAGAGCGGGAGCUCGAGCAGCAAGAGCAUGGGCGAGGGGAGCACGGAGGGCCAGUUCAACUAG